ACUCCACUUUGAAGAGAUCUCUGACCAGGAACGCUGUCCUUUCUGAAGCUGCGGUAGAGUUACUCAGAGUUUGGCAAAAGCAGUUUUUGGAGUAUUUUUGUGCAAGAUCUAGCUUACUCAUUUUGAGAGUUACAAAUUGUGCUUUCUCCCCCAGUGUUUUUUUAAGUUGAGUUGCUCCAGCAAGAAGUACUUCCACACCCGUAAUGGCACUUCUCAGAUGUACAGUUGCCUCUAAAAGGCAGGAGGCUGAGCGGGAUUUUGUUUGAUCUACAGGCACAGAGGCCAGCCACUGGAAUUAUUUGCAGUUUGAAGAGUCCUUCAGAGCCUCUGUAGGAUCCUAGGUCAGCGUGGCAGUUGUGGCUGCCUUGCACAGGGUCAUCUAAAAAAUGAAUGCUAUGAUUGUGCAAUGGGGAUGGCGUGUAAUGUGGUCAUGACUUGCCCAGUUGUGAGGGUGAUCAGAUAGUAAGUGUGAUAAAUCAUCACACUUCCGUUUUUUUCUUUUGCAGGGUGGAUAUAGUUGCAUAUUUAAAUCAAAGGCCCUAAUAACAGGACUUCUGGUCAUCCUACCAGCUGCAUAUGCCUAGCACAUGGUGUUUGUUGCUCAGUCUUGUGGGAUCUUCUAAUAAUGGGCUCUUUGUGCUCCAGCAACUUGGCAAAACACGAUGCCAUGGCAAAUUUACAUCCAAAUUCUCUGGUUUCGUGGGAUUAUUUCAGAAGGGGGCAGGGAUUGUCUCUUAACUUUUUUUUUUAUUGAGAUAACUAUGGAUUUGUGAGUGGUGGACUCAGCAUCUGACUGGAGGUCCACACGCUAGAGGCAUGGAGGAACAGGAAUUCUUGAGAGAGUCAAUCAAGCUCCCUAUCUUGGCUUCAUCACCUUUGAAAUGGUGGGAAUAUCUACUUGCUAGGGAUAGAAUCAUCAACUUAGCUGUUGGCAGCUUAACAUUCUUGCUGCUUAUAGUCACUCUGAUCAGUGCUUUUGUCUUUCCUCAACUACCUCCAAAACCAGUGAAUAUAUUUUUUGCUUUCUGCAUCUUCUUAUGUAGUGUUUCUGUUGGCAUACUUAUCUACUGGUAUCGACAAGGAGACUUGGAACCUAAGUUUAGGAAUCUCAUUUACUACAUCUUAUUUUCUAUUGUCAUGUUAUGUAUAUGUGCCAAUUUGUACUUCCAUGAAGUGGGUAAAUGAAUGUGAGACUGUACUUAGAACCACCCUAAAAAGGAGAUAAUCAACUGGAGAGGGAUGAGGAAGUGGGUUGGUCGGAGAUACUCAGUACAUGAUUUUUUCAUGUAAAUGUUUAUCUAAAGUCCCUCAUGUUGGGAAGAAUUAUUGCCAUACACCGUGACAUUUUGCUUUUUUAAAAAGAGCUAAUUUUGCACUUACUGCACAUUCCAAGUAUAUUGAUGUUUCAGAAGGGG